AAAGCCCAAGAAGACGAAGUAGCCCAAUUGGUUUUGUUGUAUUGAUCGAACUCUCUUCCCUGAAUCGUUGGUGUUGGCGGCAGUUGCAACGCGAUUGCUGCUUAGUACUUCUUGCAAUGUCAGAAACAGAAUCGAUGUUAAUGGAGGAGGAAGAUGAAAACCGGUCCAAUCCGACCGGGGAGGCCACAGCAGAAACUACCAUGAAUGAUGAUCAACAAUCAUACUCGUGGCCUGUGAUUCAGUUCAACUCCCCUCCGCGGCGAACUUACCAUUUCUACAACCAGUUUCGGACUUCUCCCAACCCUAACAACUUCUUCAAGGGCGUGAAAUGGUCACCUGAUGGGUCGUGUUUUCUAACGAGCUCCGAGGACAAUAGUCUUCGUAUAUUCAACUUGCCAGAUUACGGCGACGAUGUUUCCGUCAAUGUCGCGGCUGAAGAGGAUUCUUUUACUUCCAACCUCGUUGUGGGUGAGGGGGAGUCAGUUUAUGACUUCUGUUGGUACCCUUACAUGUCAGCUUCAGACCCUGUUACCUGCGUCUUUGCAAGUACCACACGUGACCAUCCAAUUCAUCUCUGGGAUGCUGCGUCAGGGGAGCUGCGCUGCACAUAUCGAGCUUAUGAUGCCAUGGAUGAAAUCACUGCUGCCUUUUCAAUUGCUUUUAAUCCAGCUGGAACCAAAAUAUUUGCUGGAUACAACAAAUUGGUGAGAAUAUUUGAUUUGCAUCGGCCUGGUAGAGAUUUUGGGCAGCAUUCGACGCUGCAAGGAAAUAAAGAAGGUCAAACAGGCAUCAUAUCUGCAAUUGCUUUUUCUCCUACACAUAGCGGAAUGCUUGCCUUGGGUUCUUAUAGCCAGACAACUGGAAUCUAUAGGGAAGACAAUAUGGAAUUGUUAUAUGUUCUACAUGGUCAAGAAGGAGGAAUUACACAUAUCCAAUUUUCAAAAGACGGUAAUUAUCUAUACACUGGAGGUCGAAAGGACCCAUAUAUACUCUGCUGGGAUAUUCGCAAAUCUGUCGAUGUUGUUUACAAAUUAUACAGAUCAUCUGAAAAUACCAACCAACGGAUAUUUUUUGAUAUUGAGCCAUGUGGGCAACAUCUUGGCACAGGUGGUCAGGAUGGUUUUGUUCAUGUAUAUGAUCUUCAAACUGGGCAGUGGGUAACAAGUUUCCAAGCAGCACAAGAUACAGUUAAUGGGUUUUCUUUUCAUCCAUAUAUGCCAAUGACCGUCACUUCGUCAGGUCACCGAAGAUUUAUAGGACCUGACAAUGACGAUGAGGAUUUGUGUUUAAGUGGUGAUGAAAAUUGUGCUUCUCUUUGGAGCUUUGAUUGUGCUUCAUUAGGAAAUGGUGAUGCUAUCAAUGGCAAUUGACGGCAGAUUUCAAUUCUAGCUUGCAUAAACAUUCUCUUGAAACUUUCAAUCGAACUGUACAGCUGCUUAAUUAUUGUAAAACAUUAUGUGUACCGGAGCUGUUUGAUGAUGGUUUUGGGUAAAGGCUUUGAGGUACCAUUAUUGACGUUUAUGCUAAAUUAAUGUAUAAACUACUUGACCCAUUUCUUAAAAAGAAGGAAAAGAAACUUAGUACAUUGUCUGAA